AUGAAGUACAAAGAAAUACCACCCCAAGAAAAUCUCACAAAAUGGAUGGAAUUUGUUCUCUUGGACUUUGCUGAUGUUCCUCACCUACAGUGGUUUUUAUUUGGUUUAUUCUUAAUCAUUUAUGUCUGUAUUCUGUUAGGUAAUGGUACCAUAUUUCUGAUAACAAAAGUGGACCCUGCACUCCAGACACCUAUGUAUUUUUUCCUAGGCAAUUUCUCUUUCUUGGAAAUCUGCUACGUGUCUAUUACUCUCCCCAGAAUGCUCACCAAUCUUUGGACCCAGAAGAGAACAAUCUCCUUAGUUGCCUGUGCUGCACAGAUGUGCUGUGUUCUAAUGUUGGGAGCCACUGAGUGUUUUCUCUUGGCUGUGAUGUCCUAUGACCGCUAUGUAGCUAUUUGUAACCCUCUGCACUAUCCUCUCGUCAUGAACCACAAGGUGUGUGUUCAGCUGGUGACUGGUUCCUGGGUUGGUGGAAUUCCAGUCCAAAUAGGGCAAACAUUCCAGAUUUUCUCUAUGUCUUUUUGUGCUUCUAACAUCAUCAACCACUUUUUUUGUGAUAUCCCCCCAAUACUUAAGCUGGCUUGUGGUGACACAUUUAUCCAUGAGAUGAUGGUCUAUGUAGUUGCGGUACUGUUUGUCACGAUUCCAUUUCUGUUGAUACUUGCCUCCUAUGGUAAAAUCAUUUCCAUGGUUCUUAAAUUGCCUUCAGCCACUGGUCGGGCCAAAGCCUUCUCGACUUGCUCAUCUCAUCUUACUGUGGUAGUGCUCUUCUUUGGGUCAGCCAUUAUUACUUACUUAAGACCCAAGACUCAAAACUCUGAAGGAACUGACAAAGUACUUUCUCUUUUCUACACUAUUGUCACUCCCUUAUUUAAUCCCCUGAUAUACAGUCUAAGAAAUAAAGAUGUCAUCAUGGCAUUGAAGAAGUUAUUUUGCAAAUAA